AGAUGGAGGAGGAGGCAGGAGCUGUCUGAGGACAUAUAGAUGCGGAUUAUUGAGGUUUGCGCCUUCAGAUUUUCAAACAAUUUUAACAAAUUCAUUUUAUGUUUUUUUUGUAAAGAAGAUGUGGGAUUGCACUGGGAAAAUUAAAGAAUAAUUCAUAUUUAUAUAAAGUAGAUUGGACUGUGGAAAACGGGAAUGGCCGGUGCGGAUUGUGAAUGCGGAGGAUGGAGAAGGCGGUUGAUAAUAAACAUGAGCGCAAAUGUCCUUUUGUGACUUUUAAGAUUGCAAUUUGCGCAUUGUUUUGUGUUCUGUGCAUUCUGACAUCAUAACGCGCUAACGGAUCAUCUCGACGCAUACUAAAGUCAACAAAAGGAUUCUAUAGAUUUGGAAGAUGAAGGUGCCCCAUCUAAUUCUGUAUUCAUGGGCAUUCGUGGCCCUCCUGCCGGUCACCUCCUCUGGUGGGAGUCCUGGUUCAGUGCUGCUCCGUGUCCCCCUGCGGCAGGGGCCUCUCUCACAGCCCGCGACCCCCCGGGGCUCCACAAGGGCCGCCCGGACACGGAGAGGAGUUGGAGGGAUGAAUUUUGUAAACAUGAUUGACAACCUCCGGGGGAAGUCAGGACAAGGGUAUUACAUCGAAAUGGCUGUGGGCACACCACCCCAAAAGUUGAAUAUCUUGGUGGAUACAGGCAGCAGUAAUUUCGCAGUAGGUGCUGCCACUCACCCGUUCCUGCACAGAUAUUACCAUCGCUCACUUUCAUCAUCAUACAGCGAUCUGGGCCGCAGUGUGUAUGUGCCGUAUACACAGGGCCGCUGGGAGGGUGAGCUUGGCACUGAUCUGGUGUCAGUUCCUCAUGGACCCAACAUUUUACUGAGGGCCAACAUCGCUGCCAUCACCCAGUCUGACCGCUUCUUCAUCAACGGAUCCAACUGGGAGGGCAUACUUGGGCUGGCCUAUGCAGAGAUCGCAAGGCCUGAUGAGAAUCUUGAACCGUUCUUCGACUCUCUUCUGAGACAGACCAGCGUUCCAAAUAGCUUCUCUCUGCAGCUCUGUGGAGCAGGAUUCACACAGAACUACAGCACUGGCAGUUCAACUGUAGGGGGCAGUAUGAUUAUUGGGGGAAUAGAUCCAUCCUUAUACGUUGGUGAGCUGUGGUAUACACCAAUCAGACGUGAGUGGUAUUAUGAGGUCAUCAUUGUGCGCAUUGAAGUUAAUGGACAGGAUCUCAAUAUGGACUGCAAAGAAUAUAACUAUGAUAAAAGUAUUGUGGACAGCGGCACAACAAACCUGCGUCUCCCUCGUAAAGUGUUCCAGGCUGCGGUGAAGGCUAUUGAAGCUGCCUCGUCGACUGAACAGUUCCCCUCAGGGUUUUGGCUGGGGGAGCAGCUGGUAUGUUGGCAGGUGGGCACCACUCCCUGGCACAUCUUCCCUGUCAUCUCUCUGUACCUGAUGAGUGAGGACCGAAACCAAUCCUUUCGGAUCUCCAUCCUACCACAGCAGUAUCUGCGGCCGGUGGAGGACGUGGCCUCAGCGCAGGAGGACUGUUAUAAAUUCGCCGUGUCUCAGUCCAGCACUGGUACAGUCAUGGGUGCUGUCAUCAUGGAGGGUUUCUAUGUGGUGUUCGACCGAGAACACAAACGCAUCGGCUUCGCAGUCAGCACGUGUCAUGUCCAUGAUGAGUUCCGCACCGCUUCAGUGGAGGGUCCGUUUCACGGCAUUGAUCUGGACGACUGCGGCUACAACAUCCCUCAGACGGAUGAGUCCACCCUCAUGACCAUAGCCUACAUCAUGGCGGGCAUCUGUGCCCUCUUCAUGCUGCCGCUGUGCCUCAUGGUGUGUCAGUGGCGCUUCACGUGCUGUCUUCACCCGCUGGGCGCUGGAGACUUCUCUGAUGACAUAUCCCUCCUGAAGUGAGCCAUAUCUAAACACACAGCCAAUACACUGCUGGGACAGACGGCCAAUGAGAACACCUUAAAGAAGGGCGAACAACAACGAGACCACAACAAUUAUAACUAUAAAUGUUAUAAUUGUAUAUAUGCACACAAACAUAGUCUAAUGGGCUGUCCCAACAUGGAGGGCUUUCUUACCCUGUAACCCUUAUCUUACAGACUUUUAAUUGUGGAUUUAAGUGUUUCAAGUGUGAAGUUCUGUAAUCUGUAUGUCAAUCUGUGUGUUUGAGAGAGCGUCACGACUGUGCGCUAUUUAGCUGUCAUGUUCUGUACUAAUAAUUGAGCAUCAAGAUGAUUUGAGGUCAAAUGUAGAGUCCUUCUCUCUAUUUUUGACUCUUUUAUGAAUUAUAAACAUGAUCCUAUUAAUUACUACAAUGACAUGAUCAUAUGACCAUAUUAAAUGAAAGCGUUCCGUAAAUAGACUAAAAAAAAAAUCUUAAAAUCCCUAAAAUAUACGUAAUUGUUUUUAUGAAACAUGCAUUUCACUUUUCUUUUGUUUUUCUGUGACCUGGACCUGUUUCUGUGAGAUUCACACAAUGCUAGAUUAUAUAAUAAUUAUUCAUCAUGUAUGUAUCGUUUCUUUGAACAUGUAUGGAAUUAUAAUACUGAUUCCACAUGCUGCAGAUAUGAUGGCCUACAUUCACUCACAUGCACCCUUCAAAAUAAAUGAACCUCAAACAAUUGCUGUGUAUCAUUACACACAUAAUAACUCACAUAUAUUAGGAAGCGCACAUACAUGCAUAAAUACAUCAUAACCAAACCUUCCGAUUUAGCCAGAGGAAAAUAUGACUGAGCAGCUUCCUACUGACUUCAUGUAUUAAAGAAAAUCCAGAUUGGCAGCUUUUACAACCAAUAAAAUGUGUAA